AUGGCAAAUAUGAAGAUUCUCACCAACAGCGAUGAGGACAUCCGACUUCUGUACGAAUGGAACAGUCAGAUCAAGAUACCCGGAGUCCAUACAUGUAUCCAUACUCUCAUUCAGCAACAAUGCGCUAAACGGCCCGCAUCCGAAGCAGUCUGUGCGUGGGACGGUACUUUGUCUUACUCCGAGUUGAACCAACUAUCCAAUGGGUUGGCAGAAGAACUCCAGACCGCGGGAAUCCAGCCAGAGAUGGUGGUGCCGGUCUGUUACGAGAAAUCCCGAUGGACGAUCGUCGCUAUUCUGGCAGUACUGAAAGCCGGCGGAGCGUUUGUACUUUUGGAUCCAUCCUAUCCUGAAGCGCGUCUGGCCGACAUCUAUGCUGACGUCGAGGCCCAAAUCAUCAUCACCUCGCCUUCAAACCAGAACCUCAGCAUACGACUGGGCCAGAACGCACAUACCUUGGUCGUUACAGACAGCAAGAUCUCUUCCCUUUGUUCGACGGACUUCAUUGUCGCCAGGCCAUCCAUCCCGGAGAACGCAGCAUACAUCGCAUACACUUCUGGGUCUACAGGCAAACCCAAGGGAAUCGUGGUAGAGCACCGAUCCUUCUUAGCAAGCGUCCUGGCGCACAGCGAGGCCCAGAAAGUCAACGCCGAUAGUCGCGUGAUGCAAUUCGCCUCGUACGGAUUUGACAUCAGUAUCCAAGAGAUGCUGGCUCCCCUGAUUGUGGGCGGCUGUGUGUGCGUGCCAUCGGAAUCACAGCGCCUCGAUCAUCUUGCCCCCGCCAUCCGACAGCUGAGGGCGAAUUGGCUGGAGUUGACCCCUUCAGUGGCUAAAUCGCUCGCGCCAGAAGCCGUCCCGAAUGUGAAGACUCUCGUUCUUGGUGGAGAAUCCCUGCAUCUGGAUGAUGUGUCCACGUGGGCCCAGCAUGUUCAGCUGCUCGUCGCAUAUGGGCCGGCCGAAUGCAGUAUCGUGAGUACGGUGCAGUCUCGUGUGGAAGGAUCGGAUCCAUACAAUAUCGGUCGAUCAUACGGAGGCCAAUGCUGGGUCGUCAAUCCGGAAAAUCACGACCGGCUGCAGCCUCUCGGUGAAACAGGGGAGCUUGUAGUCAGCGGCCCUAUCGUCGCGCGAGGGUAUAGGAAUCGGCCGGAAGAGCAGGCGUUCAUUGAGCGUCCCCCGUGGGCCUCGCUGUUUGGGCUGUCCUCCGAUGCACGGUUUUACAAAACCGGAGACCUGGUCAAAUACAACGUGGAGGAUGGCACACUACGCUUUGUCGGUCGCAAAGAUCUGCAAGUGAAGGUGAAUGGGCAGCGUAUCGAAUUAGAGGAGAUAGAGCACUGCGCCCGAGAGCUGCGUGCGGAUACCAGUGCCAUAGCUGAUGUUCUUCCGAUGAAGAAUACCAAAAUCCUCACACUGUUCGUGCAGGUGGGAGAGGAUACAAGCUCUUAUCCUUCCAUGUCCGAUUUCCAGGCCUGGUUGUCCGAGCGGUUGCCCCCAUUCAUGGUUCCCACCUUGUAUCUCCCCUGGAAGCGAUUUCCACUCGGGCCCACAGGGAAGGUCGACCGCCGACUGUUGUUGAGUCAGGCGUUGCAAGAAAUGGCCGAAGCUCCCUCCAGGCCUUACGGAGAGGAACUAGCCGACCAAGAAGACACUGAGCCAUUGGCGACAAUAUGCAGCCUCUUCAAGGACGUCCUGGGACUACGCCAGGAGAGACCUGUCAGCCACAGCACCUUUUUUGCCCUUGGGGGCACCUCCAUUCUGGCCAUUGCGUUGGCAGCCAAGGCUCGAGAACGAGGCCUGUCUCUUUCAGCGGCUGAGGUCCUGCUCCAUCAGACUCCCAUACAGCUGGCAUUGGUUGUUCGCAAGUAUGAAGUUAUGGUGGAUCCCACCCCAUUCGCGCUGAUCAGCGACGUGAAUAGCACGGUAGAGGCAGCAUCGUGCCAAUGCCAGGUGCCCAGAGAGCAUAUCGAAGACAUCUACCCCUGUACGCCCCUGCAGGAGGGCCUCGUUUCACUAUCGAGCAAGAGCCCUGACUCCUUUGUGGGGAGGUUUGUGUUCCGUCUGUCGAAGUCCGUGGACCUGGAGCGGUUCAAAUCCGUCUGUGAAGCUAUUGUAGCGGUUAAUCCUAUUUAUCGGACACGCAUCGUCCAGCUUGAAGACGGCCGUCUUCUUCAGGUGGUCGUCAAAGGUCCGGCUGGGUGGACAGCCGAUUGUCGAUCUAUGUCUACAAACGUUCUGGGUGCUCCUCUCUGUUCUUUUCAGGUAGCGGACGAUGAACAGAGCAGGGUGCCACUCUUCAUCCUCACCCUUCAUCACGCAGUGUUCGAUGGCUGGUCAUAUUUGCAGCUGCUCGGCGAUAUCGACGACGGGUACAAAUCCGUUUCUGUUCCCCCACGGGCAUCAUUGAGUCGCUUUGUCAAAUAUAUCUCGAAAAUAAACAAGUCAUCAUCCAUGGAAUUCUGGUCGAGCGAGUUUCGAGAUCUGGAAGCGCCAGUAUUUCCGGCUUGCCCGCCCGGAUGGGUGAGGCCGGGCGUGACCGCCUCCAUAACCCGCCAGGUGCGCCUUCAUGGGCACCCGGAUGCACAUGGAAGUACAUUAGCCAACAAGAUCAAGCUCUCCUGGGCGAUCGUCAUGUCAUCACGGACCAACUCCAACGAUGUGGUCUUUGGCACAACUGUUUCCGGGCGCACCGCCCCCGUCGACGGAGUCGAGAGAAUGGCCGGCCCGGCCAUUGCGUCUUACCCUCUGCGCGUCCGUCUGCAGCCGAGUGCUUCCGUUCAAGAGACGUUGGAUGACAUCCAGGCGCUCGACUCUCGGACUGUUUUGUUUGAGCAGACCGGUUUACAGCAUAUCCGCCGCGUGAGUUCGGAGGCAAGUUUGGCCUGUACUUUCCAAAGCAUGCUCGUUAUUCAACCCAAAUCCUUACAAGUCGAAGGGACACUCCUCCAUGACACCAAGGGAAACCAGGAGGAGCAACUAAAGUUCAGUUCGCACGUACUCACUGUCAUUCCCCAGUUGGGGCCGGGGGCGGUCGACAUUAUGGCUGUCUACGAUGAAGCCGUACUUCCCUCGCGUGAGGUCGAGAGCUUACUAGAACAGCUUGAGACCGUGCUUCGCCAAGUUGUAUCCAAUCAAACCACCCGACUGGAUGCCCUGCAAACCCACAGCCAGUCGGACCGUCAACAGUUGCAGAUAUGGAACCACAGAACGCCGGUCGACAUCGAUGCUCUUCUCCCGAUCCAUGAACGUAUCGCCAUAUUCGCCCGCAAACAUCCGUACGCAAACGCCAUCUGUUCCUGGGACGGCUCAUUUAUGUACCACGAGCUGUAUGAGCGCUCGAGGUCCCUGGCAGGCUGCCUGCAGACCAUACAUGGAACGGGCCCGGGCAUGGUGGUUGGUGUCUUCAUGGAGAAAACCAAAUGGUUCCCUGUUGCCGUAUUGGGAAUUAUGAUGUCGGGCGCCGCAUUCGUCCUUCUGGACAUUCGAUUUCCAUCCGAGCGACUGCAGUAUAUGAUGCAAGUCAGCGACGCAAAAAUUGUGAUAUGUUCCCCUUCCACGGAGGCCAGAUGCUCCAAAAUCACCGACCAGCAUGUGGUGCUCGAGGAGGGAGGCUGUACGACAGGAGAUAAAUACGAUAACUACAAUCGACCUCUGGUUUCAGGCCACGACACUAUGUAUGUGCAAUUCACAUCGGGAUCAACUGGUACGCCGAAGGGCGUGGCUAUUGAACAUGGCAUGGCCCACUCGACGCUCAGUGCUCUCAAGGAGCUCUCGUCAAUGGGGCCCGCCACCCGGAGCUUGUGGUUUUCAUCUCCUGCCUGGGAUGCCACUGUUUGGGAAGUGGCUUUCAUUUUGGCCGCAGGAGGUUGUAUAUGUAUUCCCUCGGAUGAGCAGCGCUUGAGCGAUCUGGAAGGAGCCAUUGAAGCCAUGGAAGUGAACUCGGCGGUUUUGACUCCAUCGGUGGCACGAACACUGUCACCGCCGGCAAUUCCAACUCUUCGCACUCUCAUUCUCGCAGGGGAGGCAACGUCUCCAUCCGAUCUGCAAAAAUGGUUCCCACGAGUUGAACUCCACUUUGCAUAUGGCCCGGCGGAAUGCACGGUAGCCACAAACAUCCAUCGAGUGACUCAGCUGGCCACCGAUUCGACUAGUAUCGGUCGUCCUCCUGCUGCAACGUGCUGGAUUGUCCGUCCCGACAAUCACAAUCAGCUGCAGCCUGUGGGAGUAGUUGGGGAACUUGUGGUUGGAGGUCCCACCGUGGCGAGAGGCUAUCUGCACCGACCAAAGGAGACGGCAUUGGCCUUUGUUCGUAAUGUAUCGUGGGCCUCGGAGUUCUGCCUAGGCGAGGGCACGCUAUACAAGACAGGCGAUCUGGCGCGCUUCAAUCCCGAUGGCUCGCUUUCUUUCGUCGCUCGAAAGGACAACCAAGUGAAGGUCCGCGGGCAACGCCUCGAGCUGGGAGAGAUUGAGCAUUGCGCGCAGCAAUUCAUGCCCAACAUCGAGGUUGCCGCGGAUCUUGUGUCAUUUCAGCACAACCUAGGGUCUAAGGUCGUGCUGUACGUCUGUUUCAGACAGGUUGACGCCAAACUCUCGCUUGGUGAUAACGAGGCCAGUCUUUUGUUUCAUCCUUCUGACUCCAACAAGGCGGAAAUGGCGCGUUUGCGCGAGCAUCUGCAUCAUUCCUUGCCACCCUACAUGGUUCCCUGGAUCUUGGUUCCUACUCGCUACAUUCCACUCAGUCCUUCUGGCAAGACGGAUCGAAGGCCCCUGAAGAAGCAAAUCUGCGAAUUGGAGCGUAAGGACCUCGAAAUCUAUCUCGGAGUCAAUCAUUCGAAGCGUGCACCCUCGACUGAGCUCGAAGCCCGCCUGCAUAAGCUCUAUGCCCGGGUGCUUUCGCUGCCAGAGACCGCUAUUGGGGUUGAUGAUAGCUUCUUCACGCUGGGUGGUGACUCGAUCUCCGCCAUGCAGCUGCUCUCACUUGCGAGGAAGGCGGAUAUUCCACUGUCUAUGCAGGAAUUUCUGACCCACAACACGAUUGCUCAAUUUUGUGAGAACGCUCAAUUGCCUCGAGGGGAUACACUUCUUAACAAUCUGGAUGCCGUCGAUGAGGAGAUUCCGUUCAAGUUGAGUCCAAUCCAGUCACUAAUUUUUCCAUCGGCGAGCAUGGUAGAAAACCGAUUCAACCAGACUUUCUUGGUCAAGGUCAACCGGCAAGUCAACCUGGAUGACUGGAACCGAGUGCUGCACCAGAUCGUCCAUCAUCAUGCAAUGCUUCGGACCCGGCUCGUCGUCGGGGAAUCGGGUGACCUACGGUUAAAGUAUCAGUCGGCGGCACAUCAUCCGCUACGGAUACGAGAACAUCACGUAGCACGGAUUGAACAGGCUCGUGUACUUGCAGAAGAGUCCCAUAACUGCUUGGACUUGCGGACGGGCCCAGUAUUGUCCUUAGACCUCAUCCAUACUCCGAAAGAUGGUGACUACGCACUCUUCAUCGGUCACCAUAUGGUCGUGGAUCUGGUGUCCUGGCGCAUUAUCCUAGACGACAUAGAGGAGUUCUUGGAUGGUCAUGACCCUUCCAUGAAGGAACCUGUCUCUUUCGCGAAAUGGGUACAAUUUCUGGAGACUGAAUGUCGGGUUUACUCAACGCCACAGGAGGUCCUUCCCUUCGAAGUGCGUCCGGCCAACUAUGAUUACUGGGGAAUGUCUCCGAAACACAACACAUACGGGGAUGCUGAAUGUCAUGAAUUCACUGUCGAUGAAGCCACCACCCAUAAGUUACUGGGUCCGGCGAACGUGACAUGGAAUUCCCAGCCACAAGAGAUCUUCCAAGCAGCUCUGCUGCACUCCUGGGCUCGCACCUUCAAGGACCGAGAGACGCCAACAAUCUUCAGUGAGGGACAUGGCAGAGAGGCUGGUCGUCAGGGGAUCGACCUCUCCCGGACUGUGGGCUGGUUUACGAUCGUCCGGCCUUGCACGGUGGAGGACAGCACAGCCUCACUCGGCCUUCGUGAGCUGGUCCGUCGUGUCAAGGAUGUCUCCCGGAGUCUGCCGAACAAUGGGCUAGCUUAUUUCAGCUCACGGCACCUCAAACCGGAGUUUCGCUCAGCAUUCGCUGGCCAUGAUCGCAUGGAGAUCCUGUUCAACUACAGUGGGCGGUACCAACAGCUGGAACGACCGGGCGCACUCUUUUCGCACACCUCCCUGCAGCUGGACGAGCGAUUGGACGUCGGAGCCGAUAUGCCACGCCAGACUCUGUUCGACGUAGCUGUAGACGUCCGCAACGGCUGCCUUCGUGUCCAGGUCUGGUACAGCGGGCACACGCACCGUAAGCCCGAGAUUGGCCGCUGGAUCAGCGCAUACCAACAAUCUCUGCAUGAGGCGGCAGUGGAAUUGAUAGAUAAGGACAGCCAGCUGACGCUGAGUGACAUUCCUCUGGCACCGCUUCGUUACAGCGAGCUCGAUCUGUUGCAAGAGAAGAUUAAAACGGCGCUACGCAUCUCCUCCGUCUCCUCGAUCGAGAGUAUCUACCCGUGCUCUGAUGCCCACUGUGGACUCGUCACUGGUAUUACAGGAACCGCAUCUCGCCAUCGCGUGCAGAGUAUACUUGAGAUCACUGUAUCAGAUCAAGGGGUGAUUGAGCCUGCCCGGGUUGCGAAGGCCUGGCGGGAGCUCAGCCGACGUCAUGCUACUUUGCGAACCGUCCUUGUUGAACAUCCUGGCAGGCAAGGAAAGUUUCUCAGUGUUGUACUGAAGCUACCAUCCCUAGAUGUGACUGUCCUGCCCUCUUGCUAUUCCUUUUCAGAUACUCUACAGCAAUUAAGAGAGCUGCCGCCCCGGUAUUCGUGGGACAUCUCUCCUUCCCAGCAGAUGGCUGUGGGCAAAACCUCGGACGAUCGGACCCUCUGUAAGCUCUCGUUCGGAAAAGGCUUCAUUGAUGCUACUUCCAUGGACGUUUUGUUGAGCGAGCUGGCUUGCAUAUUGGGAGAAGAAGGUCUAUCUCCGAAGAUCGCUCCCUCUUACGGCGCAUACAUAUCGCACUUGCAAGCCCAAGACCGUGCAAAUCAGAUGCAGCAUUGGAUCGACCUCCUGGCUGCUUGUCAGCCAUGUGUACUUCCCGGGGACCGGAAGCAUAACCGUAAUCACGGUCAGUUGCGCUCAAAGAAACUCAUGGUUCCCAACCGUAGCGGGCUAGAUCGAUUCCUGAAAUCGCAUCAGAUCACUCUAACCAACAUCUUCCAAGUAGCCUGGGCCUUGGUCUUGCGGCACUAUACCGACAGAAACGAGGUCUGUUUUGCUACACUGCUUUCCGGCCGUGACCUUCCACUGCCAGACAUCCAGGGACUGGUGGGCUCCUGUUUCAAUGUCUUGCCGUGCUUUCUGCGUUUAAGCCAGUCUCGCACACUGCUAGAUGUUCUACGAGAAAACCAAACGGAGAUGAAUCGACGCAUGGCAAAUCAGCACUGUUCUUUGCCAGAAAUUCUUUCCCGGGCAGGACACGAUCCAAAGUGGUUCUUUAACACCUGCUUGACGGUCCAAUCUGCCCAUCAAGCCGGCAAUGCCGACCAGCACAGCCAAGACGGGAUCAAGGUAAAGGUGCUGGAGGUUCAUGACCCGACAGAGUAUGAUGUCUGCAUUGCAGUGAUGGUGUCACCAUCGCAUAUCGAGAUCGAUUUCCGUUAUUGGACUUCAUUCUGCAGUGGAGAGCGAGCAACAGAGAUUCUGACACUGCUCUCUAGCUAUGCGACUCGGAUGGCUCUCCACGGAGAUGAUAAAAUCGAACCACUUGAGAUGAAGGCAAUCCGGCUUGCGGAUGGAUGCAAUGGCUCGGCCGGUCAUGUUGCAGCUGAGACAGGGUCGGUCACGCUGCUCAGUCAAUAACGUCCUCCAGGAGAAGCGGGUCAGACGUUAUAUCUGUCGACACAAGGAGCCGCCGAUUUGACUCAGCGCCUCGCUGCCUGGAGCUUCUCUGCAUAUAACUUGUAUGGAGUCUGGCUUCCCUUGAGAACAAUAAUGUAAUCUCCCGUUCGGUUCGUCUCCUCGAAGCCGUCGUCGCUUGCCGAGAACGGGCCAUGAUAGGAUUAUAUAUCUUCGAUCAGUCGCAUUGGACUUUACUCGGUAUAC